AUGGGGCGAGAUAAGAUGAUUGCGCUGGAUGCUGACGGCAAUCUCUUCUUCACCGGCAAGUUGGGCAACAACGACAAGGAAUGUCGCUUCAAGAAGAUGCGAGCAGUCGUGGCCGCAAGUCAGCAGCCGGCAUGUGCUCGUGACAUCUCCCUCAGGGCUGAAGUUGCGGUGCUGCUGGAUGGAGAAGGUCGGAUCUGGGAAGGAGGAGUAGCAAGGGAGAGCAAGAUCCUAUCGCUCUCGUUGUCAACGAUCUCAGGGGAUGAUGCCAAGUUCUCGUCGCUGAGCUGCGGUCGAUUUCAUUCCCUGGCCCUCUCCAACGGCUCUCAAGUUUUCUCGUGGGGAUCGUUUGCUCGAGGGGAGCUGAACGCGGAUAUGAGCUUGGGGUUCCUGCAGAGCAGAAUGUUGGAUGUCAUCUCCCUGCCUGCGUUGGGGGCGACGAAACAUACGGGGGUUGUUUGUAUAAACUGCAAGAGCGACAACAUAUCAGGCGUCCGGUACAUCUCGAUCGCGAGGGACGCGGACAAGAGGAGUAUGCAGAGCCUGUGCGCGAGGUGUGUGGAGAGGGACAACAUGUUGAAGAGCGAGGUCGCUCUUGAUAUGUUCAACCACCAACAGGUCCUCCUCGCCUGUCACCGCAAACUCCCGCCGCACUUCCGACCAUCUAUUGCAAAUAUCGACCUGACGACAGGACAAACUCACCAUGGAACGGGCUGCGACAGCUGCAGUGAAAAUCCGAUCGCCGGGAUCCGGUACAAGUGCUGCAACUGCGACCAGUACAACCUCUAUGCGUCGAGGAUGAACCUCGUGGCAAGCUGCUUCCUCUGGUGGCUUGUCUUGCACGUUGCGGUCAAUCAUCGGCUAACAAGUAUGCAGAUCUACCCUCAGAUCACGAUUGACAUCUUUGCGAGGAACAAGAACGGUGACUGA